UAUUAGUGUACAAGCAAGCCUUCGACAUCGGGUUGUAUGCGUUCAUACAGCUAAGCGCAUUCAUGCGACAAGACCAACCAACGGUGGAUUGCAUUAGGCACACUAAAGGAAGCUCGUGGCUUACAAGAUCUAAUGUAGUAUCUAGUCGGGGUCAUGGACCGAGACGUCUUGCCGGGUCGUGGUCCAAGAACAUCUGGGCAGUUGGGUUGUUGUUUUUCACUUUAUUGCUAUGUGCGACCCAGGUAAGCUUUAAUAAACGUGUAGCACAUCAGCAUCACGCGAAGAAGGCGGUGUUUGCACAACUAGCUACUCGCUAUUCCACACGAAUGGAGCCAUACUCGGCCGGGCCCAGAAAAGUCCGCGUCUGGACGCUCCAUGACCCCGGACUGGAGCCUAUUCACAAUUCCCUUCACGCAAAGCUUCCCUUGGCAACAUUUGCCACGCGGCACCUACCUUUCGUGUUGCUAGUGUGGAUUGGCAUGAAAAGCGCCGGGAGGCCAGCUCCUGCGCUUUGCAGCUUAUUGCGUAGUUAGCCCCUCGGUAUAGCUCUCACUGCUUCGGUCAGUUGUUUGGCUUGACGCGAUACCCUUCUCUCCCUGCCCGUCUGCCAUUCGCGUGCCUCUUCAUGUCCCGCUGCCCCUUUCCCAACCUCGCCCCCCUCCUCCGCGCCCCGCCCCGCUUCCCAGCCCUCAGCGGCCGUCGCCUGGGUCCCAGCUGCCGCCUGCACCACGGUUUGCAGCCAGCCCGGCAGUCCUGGUGGCGAUGCGAACCCUUCGCCCACACCCACACCCGCAUCCUCGCCCUCGGCCUCCCCUUCAGCCUCGCCCGCACCGUCAACCCCACCCGUCCCCGCGCCCGCGCCCCCUCCACCGGCAGCGCCCCCAGCCGUCAUCCCCACCCCCACCUGCACCAACGCCUUCAACUGCAGCAAAGCGUGGGACGUCUGUCCGCCGGGCACCGCAGAAUGGCAGUUCGGCGCCCCCGCCCUGACGCCCGACCCCGACGACUGCCACGUCACCGGCUGCACCCCGGGCGGCUGCGAGGAGGGAUUCACGCAGACGGAGCGCCAGCUCUGCUUCGACCUGGACACCUGCUUGGACGCCUCCCACCUGGGCGCCUGCUUCCGGGAGACCUGCUGCCGCCUGAGGCCGCUGCUCACAUGCUGCCAGCAGCUGACGUGCAGCCCGCAGUUCGCAGACUGCGAGGUGCCGCAGCAGCGCUACCACAACGACUCGGCCCUCAGCGACGUAACGCUCACCACUCGCAUCGCCCACACUGGGUUCGCGCGUAUGCCCUUCUACACGGCAGCGCAGGUGCCGCUGCAGGCGGGUAAAGAGGAAACAGCGGGGGAGCAGCCGCAGGGGCAGGGCGGCAGCAGUGGCGGUGGUGGUGGAGGAGGAGGCGGAGACCCGUGUGACAGGGUGCGGGUGAUGGGGCGCUGCACGUGCGAUGAUGGACGCAAACUGCCGUACGGUUGCGAUCCCUUCAACUCCUCCACUUGGUCCGGGGACUCCGAAGCCGCACCGCCACUGCCGCCCAACCUCUCACUCACCUGCGUCGUCGUGACGCCGCCGCCAGCGCCGCCGCCGCCACCGCCGCUGCCGCCACUUCCGUCACCGCCGCCGCCACUGCAACCCAUCUCCUCCGGAAGUUCCCAAUCCCCAUCGCAAACACAAGCUACGUCCCAAGCCGAGUCUCAGUCCCAGUCUAGUUCACAAGGAGACGCCUCCGCCUCGGCUUCCUCAUCCGCCUCCGCCUCAUCAUCAUCCCAGGAGGCAGACGCGACCCAUGGGUCACCAACAAGCGGCGGUGGCACUAGCAGCAGCAGUCAUGGCGGUUUGGUGGUGUUUAUUGUGGUGUCGUGUGUGCUGCUGGCUGCUGGUACGGUGGGAGGGGUGAUGUGGUGCUGCGGCUUUCUGCGGCCGGGCAGCUGGAGGGCGCUUUGGAGCGCGCAGGGCCUCUACUCCUACGAACCCGUCUUCACAGGUCAGUCGUACACUCCUGGUCUGGUUACCUCCGCCGCCGCCGCCGCGGACAUUCCCUGGAGCCGCUUUUGCGCCGCCGUCGCCGACGGCUACCGUCGGCUGCGGUACGGCAAACGGUACCGCGAGGAGGCCGCUGCUACCGCAGUUGCGGCGGAACGCUACAGACUGCUCAAUGUGUACGGCAGCAGUCCUGCGCGCGGCGGCCGCGGCGGCGGCGGCGUCGUCGGCGGCGGCAGGUCGGCGGAGAUGGGGCAGUACUCGGGGCCCGCCGCUGCAGGUGGCGGCGGCGGUGGCGGUGGCGGUGGCGGUGGCGGCGGCUUUUCCUUAGAUGGGAGCGACGUAGGAGACGAGGUCUUCACUCUAGAAGACCUGGGCGGUGGAGGAGGCGGAAGCGGUGGCAACGGCCGCCAUGCAGGCGGUGAUGCCGAUUUUGAAGCAGGUGGUGGAAGGGGCUUCCUGCGACCCAUGGGUCGUUUGGCCGGCGGUGCUGCGCUUCCCGUUUCCAGAAACGCGUCUGCUCUGCCGUCUGCGUUUCGUGCGGGCUGGUCUGGGGAUGACUCACUUGCGCCUGCACCUGCGGGUUAUCGUCACACAGUUGGAGGUCAUGUGGCCGUCACAAAUCCCAGGAUACCUGGUGCUUCGGAACUGGAAUUGGGGCGAGUGGGGUCGGGAAGCGGCACCGUCGUUGGGGGCGGUGGCGGCGGAAAAGUAGGCGGCGGUGCAGGCACCGCUGGGAGUGAGGUGAUACACACACGGCAGAUGCGGAUUAGUGAGGAGGAAGGGGAGGCGCAAGGGCGUGGUAAUGCGGGUGAUGCGGAUGAGGGAUUGGAUGCUCCGUUAGAGCUGCUACCCACACCGCAAGUGACUGGGCAGGAGCCUAGGACAACGCAGCAGCAGGGGGCGGGGCGGUGGGAGAAGUAGGCGGCUGCUGCUGUUGUGCUGCAGUACGGCACGGUACGGUACGGCUGCAUGACGGGGCUUAAUGACAUGGUGGAAGCGGAGGCUGACCUGUGCUUUGUUUAGGAGUAAACUGUACGGCACCUGAAAGACCCCGCCGUCUCCGUGCAUGCAUGAUUUGCAUGGAUGUUGGUUGCUUUCGGAAGCAGGCAUUGCAUUGUAUUACGAAAGAAUUGAAAGAGUUUUUCGGAGUUCGUCGUGGGUUGAGGGGUAACAGUGAGAGGGAGCACGUGUAGGAGUUGUUAGGUCCGUGUCACAUAGCACAGGAGUGGGUUGAUCACCUGUUUGCAAAGGCGGCCGUUGUGAUGUUUCGGUUGUUAAACCCGGCAGCGGAUUGAUGCUGACGGUUUCGGUGGUAGGCCGUAACCCCUGCAGAGGGAUGUAGAUUACUAUAAAGCCUUUGCACGAGCAGCGAUGCCAUGAUCUCUUUUCGUUUCCUUCGCUUUUACCUGCCUAGAAGCCAUGCCAUCGAAGCUGUCAAGAGUCAAGUAUGAACUGAUGGGGCCGUUCUUAAGCGGUCACCUGCAUGCACGGCCACGUGCUUACAUGUAUGCAUGCCGCAGUAUUUCAAUUUGGCGAGUGGGGUGUGGCUUGGGAUAUCGAUGCGUUUUGGAGGCAGUGGUGUGCGCUGUUGUGUACGAGGUGACGAGAGAAGCAACCGGCCCCAUGGUACAUCACAACGCGAGAAUUAUACUUGUUCCUGGACACAGUAAUAAGUUGGAUAAGCCGUCUGUACGGAUUUACAUAGUAAGGAUAGCGGUGCUCGCCAUUGUUUAUCGCGUAGGCAUUACACCGGUAAGGAGCAGGUGCAGUGCAGCGUGAACGACUCAUGGGUCACGUAUAGGCUCGGCGGCAGCUGCUACAUCACAUUCGCAUGGCCAUGUUGCGUAAGCGCUCCAUUCACGAUGCCUUGGGGCAGCUUCCAAAGCAAACAAGCAUGGCGCACAAGAAGUGCGAACCCUCAUUAGAACCGGGUAUCAAUAAUGAC